AUGGAGAAUGCAAAAGGCAAGGAGUGGAACUCCACAGAGAAGUCGGGGGAAGAAUGCGUGACUCUCAAAUUUGAGCCUGUGUCAGUAGAAACGAAAGACGAGCAGUGGGCUUCCAGUGAACCAAGCACAUCAGGUUUAUCAAGAACCUCAGCUAAGGGCACCAAACGAAAAAAGCCCCUGAAAGAUGACAAAGCUUCCUGUUUACAAGAGAAUGCACCAAGCGACCACAGCCCCAAACUUCGGAAGAAGAUAGCAAUCCCUCCAUUACCAUCUAAACUGCCACCAGCCAACCUGCUUCACCGAGAUGUCCUGCGGGCCUGGUGCCAGCAAUUAAAGCUGAGCACCAAAGGCCAGAAAUUAGAAGCAUAUAAGCGGCUCUGUGAACAUGCUUACCCAAACCAAAAGGAUUUUCCUGUCACAGCGAAGGAGGCCAAGAUCCUGACACAGUCUCAAAGAAAAUCAAUGGGGGAAAUGCCUCUGGAACAUUCUGAGAAAAGGAAGCUGUCUUCUGAGGGCACUGACCCUCCGGAAGUGGCUCCUCCCCCUGAGGAGGGAAUAUCUGCCCUUGAAGAAUCGAGUCGUCUUGAGGGAGAGAAUACAGUUGUGGUGAGGACUUCCGAGCAGGAGGCUGUGAUGGCCUCCUGGACGAGAACUGCAGCCAGGGCCGGCAGGCUGGAGGCAGGGGAAUCCCCACAGGAGGACUGUGAUGUCAGGUGGUGUGUGGUACAUGGAAGAAGUCUCCCUGCAAACACAGAUGGUUGGGUUCACUUGCAAUUUCAUGCUGGACAAGCCUGGGUUCCUGAAAAACAAGGGAGAGUGAGUGCACUCUUCUUGUUACCUGCCUGCAAUUUUCCACCCCCACACAUGGAGGACAAUAUGUUGUGUCCCAAAUGUGUUCAGAGGAACAAGGUCUUAAUGAAAAGCCUCCAGUGA